GCGCAUGUACUCUGGGACUGGGGGGAUGAACUUAGGGAGAGAGAGAAAGAUUAGCUGUUCAGCGGCCCCGGACAGCAAUCUUUGUCUCUCUCGUACGACAUUUUCAUUCAAUCCUUCUCUCCCUUAUUUUAUCCGUUCACCGGAAGAGGAGAGGAGCUGGCCAAGUUUGCAGACUCACUGAUCCAUCCCCUCCCCGAUCCAGACCAAGUGGAGAAAAUGCUGAAGCGGUCGAUACAGCAAGGUUCCUUCUCCGACAGGCUGAGGGGCAUAACGCUUCUCGCCACUGUCUCGCUCCUUCUUAUCUCUUUCGUUCUCUUUCUCACGCCGCGAUCACCUUCCGACGGUCUCCUCUCCGUCGAAUCCGACCAUGUUCGUCUCGAGCGUAGGGGCUUGCUCGAGCUCCGGGAAUCCAGGAAUUAUGCGGUAAUAUUUGACGCCGGAAGCUCUGGUAGCAGAGUACACGUGUUUUGCUUCGACAAAACUCUGAAUCUCCUUCCCAUUGGAAACGUUCUCGAGCUCUUCGUACAGACAAAACCAGGUUUGAGUGCAUAUGCCAAUGCUCCCGAGAAGGCUGCAGAUUCUCUGCUAUCUCUUUUGCAGCAAGCAGAAAAUGUUGUUCCUAAAGAGUUGCGUAACAAGACACCAGUCAGAGUUGGGGCAACGGCAGGCCUGAGGGCAUUGGAAGGUGAUACUUCAGAUAGAAUUUUGCAAGCGGUCAGGGAUUUGCUUGUCAACAAAAGUUCCCUGAAGUCAAAACCAGAGUGGGUCACUGUUCUGGGUGGAACUCAGGAAGGUGCCUAUCAGUGGGCUACCAUAAACUAUCUACUAGGAAGAGUGGGAAAGAAAUACUCAAAUACAGUGGGAAUAGUUGAUCUUGGAGGUGGAUCUGUCCAAAUGGCAUAUGCAAUCUCAGAGAAGGCUGCUGAAAAGGCUCCAGCUGUAAAGAAUGGGGAGGAUUCAUAUGUGAARGAACUGUUUCUUAAAGGAACCAAAUAUUAUCUUUAUGUCCACAGUUACUUGAACUAUGGUUUAUUAGCAUCCCGAGCAGAGAUUCUGAAGGCUGUGGGAAGUUCUGAAAAUCCAUGCAUUUUGAAUGGCUAUCAUGGGUCUUACAUAUAUGGGGGUCAUGUAUAUGAAGUAUCAAGCUCUGCAUCUGGUUCCAACAUUAACGAGUGCAGAGGGGCUGCUUUUAAGGCUCUCAAAGUUAAUGAAUCAUGUACACACAUGAAGUGCACGUUUGGCGGAGUAUGGAAUGGUGGUGGUGGGGUUGGACAGAAAAAUUUAUUUGUUGCCUCAUUUUUCUUUGACAGGGCUGCUGAGGCUGGUUUUAUAGAUUCCAACAAGCCAGUUGCCAAAGUCCGCCCUGUGGAUUUUGAGGAGGCUGCAAAACGUGCUUGUGAAACUAAACUUGCAGAUGCUGAGUCUAUCUAUCCGCUUGUUGAGAAGGAUAACUUGCCUUAUCUAUGUAUGGACCUUGUCUAUCAGUUCACAUUGCUUGUAGAUGGGUUUGCUCUAGAUCCUUGGCAGGAGAUCACAUUAGUGAAGCAAGUGAAGUAUGGGGAUUCCCUGCUUGAAGCAGCUUGGCCAUUAGGCAGUGCCAUAGAAGUUGUAUCAUCGUCAACAUAACCGGAACCUUGCAUUAGUUUGGAAACUUUUGGUUCACAGAUUUCUUUCGCAUUGACGCGUACAAUUUCUCGGGAUGACUGGCGAUUCAUGUUUAAAAGCCUUUAGAGAUUGAGACUGUUUUAGUUCAUUUUUGGAUAAGCCUCUCCGUUGGCAGCAGAGAGAUUGGAUAAGCUUCUGUUUUCCUUCAUUUUAAGAGAUGAGUGUGUUCAUUGUCAAA